UCAGCGGGGUAAUUCAAAUGUAAAGAAUGCGUGUAAUAUGUCUGUAUGCUGGAUAUUGCCAUUGAAAUACAUGUCUGUUUUUACCUUUUUACCUAAUCAAUUGGAAUUCUUGGAAGAUUCCUGGCAUAGCACUUCAUUCAAGGGUGUUCGACCACACCCUUGGUAUUUUUAAUUGGCUCUCAUUCGAUUGGAAAGAAGGUAUUUAGUAAUUUACGGACUGCAUCGUCAUCGUGAAACCGUUGUUUCGCAUAACUGCACGUUAAUUUCAGCGGGAGUGCAGUAGACAAGCCAGCUUUGGCACACGGGGUGAAAGCCAACGACAUCAUCGGUCACUGACAGUGGCUUGCUGCAACUGCUUGAGAGAGACAAAAAACCAGGCCAAGACGUUCCAGCUUGCUUUAGAUUUUCUAUGACCUGUGAAUUUAGACACUGAAAACUAUGGCUUUCUCAAUCGGUAGUUCAAACAGUGACAUCAUGACAAACAUGGCACAAGGAGGGCAGCAGUUUGGAGGAAGGAAAACAAAGCGAGAUGACAUUGCAAGCAGAAACGGACCCCAGGCAUGCAAAAGGGCGGCAUUGGGCACAAUAACGAACAUUUCAUCGACAAGAGUACAACCUGCUCGAGCUGCCAAACAAUUUAGGGUUUCUGGGGAGAACUCAUUCCCUGUGUUUCAAGAUGAGAAUGCACACUCAAGGUUACAACAGGGCAAAUCAUUCGGCAUUCCGUCUGCCGCUUCAGCACCAGCCUUUUCCAUUCAUGUGGACACAACAUCGUCGUACGUCCAACCUCCAACGACGUCAACGUCCUGCAAGAGCACAGACAAAGAAAACGAACAUCUACUGUUGGACACUGCUCUGUCACUCCCAGUACCCCCUCAAGCCCAAAGAAUUCCUCUUAGAAGUUCAGGUCCUGAUGUAGACGAUAACAAUGUCAGUCUCAUUGAAGAGACAUCGUCAGAGUAUUCACCCAUGCUUCUGGAUACAUCCCUGGACGCAAAGUGCAUAUCGCCUCAGACACUGGUAGCUGAACGUGACUUAUCCUUGGGAGAACCGGAGUAUUCAGAAGAGAUCUAUCAGUACUUGAAGACGGCAGAGCUGAAGCACAGACCAAAGCAUGGAUAUAUGAGGAAACAACCGGACAUCACGAACAACAUGCGAUGUAUUCUGGUCGACUGGUUGGUCGAGGUAUCCGAAGAAUACCGUCUUCACAACCAGACUCUUUACCUAGCCACAGCGUUCAUCGAUAGGUUCCUAUCGCAGAUGAGCGUACUGAGGGCGAAGCUCCAACUCGUUGGCACUGCAAGCAUGUUUGUAGCAUCUAAAUACGAAGAGAUCUACCCUCCAGAUGUGAAGGAGUUUGUCUACAUCACCGAUGACACCUACUCCAUCAAGCAGGUCCUGCGUAUGGAGCAUCUGAUCCUCAAGGUCUUAUCGUUCGAUCUCGCUGCACCGACAAUCAACUGCUUCUUGCCAAGAUUUCUCAAGGCAGCGCAGGCCAACUCAAAGACAGAACAUCUCACACAGUACCUUGCCGAGUUGACUUUGCAAGAGUAUGACUUCAUCAAGUAUGUCCCGUCAAUGAUCGCUGCUUCAGCUGUUUGCCUUGCCAACCACACAGUCAACAAUGAAGGAUGGACCGCAACGAUGGCACACUACACUGAUUACCAGCUUGCUGACAUCUAUCCCUGUCUACAAGACCUUCAUCAGCUAUUCAUCAAGGCACCAACCAUGGAUCAGCAAGCCGUCAGGGAAAAAUACAAGUCACAAAAGUACAGCGGAGUUUCUGCGACACCAGUACCCACUACUCUCCCCACUCUAUGAUAAUGGACUCGCAGUGUGCCCUGGAAAAGGGACAAACGGAAGAUAUAUCGAGAUGAGAUCGUUUGGACAUUAUCUGUCAUGUCUCGGGGACCAGACUCCCUUUGAAAAGGAUUCCUUAGCGUCAAAGGAACAGUCCAAUGAAGAGGACAGUACUAGUUGGGUCCUUUGAGAAAAUCCUGUGAUUGGUUACAGUGACCAUGUUCAUUGACCUGUCUAUCCAGUCGUUCUGCAUUUGAAAUCCUCUAAGCUAUCGGAUGUGAUCAACAUUUUAUAUUUUUAAUACAGGUGUGAUUUCCAAAGUUUAAUUGUUACGCACCUUUUUAACCUUUAACCCAAAGUUGUGUGUGCAAUCUAUCCCCUAUGACAUAACUUUUUAUCUGUUUAUUUCAAAAAGGAAAAAUCAAUCAAUCAAAAUUACCAUCAUAUAAAGAAAAAAAAACUGAUAAAUUCCUAAUUAUUUUGUGAUCAUUCCAAAUUUAUUUUAAGUAUAAUAUUUUUAAAAUGAUCAGCAAUUAUUACUGAAACUUGUGGGAUUUUAAAUGUUUUUAAAAUUUUGUGUAAUGGUAAUGGUAAUCUUACAAAGAGUUAUGAUUGAUUGCAAUUUUCGCUACAAAGGUUUAGAUCAAUAUAGCAAUGAAGUGUGACGUCAUCAAGUUUUUUUUUGUAUUUCACCUUUUAUGAUACCAUAUUGUGGUUGAGCAUGACAAAAUGCCUCCACCAAAUUUGGUGGGAAUCGGUCCAUGGGGCCCCAAGAUGUGACCUCAUGAAUACAUAAUUAGCCCCAUUGAAAUCAAUGUAUUCAUGGGGUCGUAUCUUGGAGCCCCAUGGACCAAUUCCUAUCAAAUUUGGGUUGUGGAGGAUUUUCACCAUGCCCUGCUGCAGAGUUAUUGUCUAAAAAAACAUUGAAAUUCAAACAACAAAAUGUGACGUCAUACUUCGGUACUCUGUUGUGAGUUUAAUUUGAAUCUUUUCGCAACUAUCUGUAAGAUGGGCCAUGAUAACUAUAAAGAGAAUCCCUUUUUCAAAAUGGUUCCUAGGACUGUAUUGGUAUUAAAAAGGAUAUUGUGCUGUCAGUCUUUUAUUAAGAUUUCAAGGGUGGAAGGAUGUAGUAUUGGGAGGGGGAAUAUUUCAGAUAAUAAUUUGCCUCUCGAUUUGAAUCAUUAGUGCUACCAUUAACAAGCAAGAUAAACAAUCAACAAUAGUACACAUUUUUGUUUUUAUUUGAUCUAUGUCCCACCAAUUUGGUCUACAUGUUCACAUUUUAGAUUGGAGAAAAUUCAAUAUCUUUCAUUUUAUUUAAAUUUACCCUGAAAUUCUCUAUUUAAAGGAGGGGGGUUCAAUGCUAAAUUGCUAUGUACAUAUUUUUUCAUGAACUGGAUUUAUUUUACAAAAUGAAGGGAGGCUUUAUCUUUAUACAAAAACAUGACUGGAAGGACGAAGCAAUCGAAACGUAAAUUCUAUCUGUAUCUGCUUUCCUCUAUUCUUUCAGUCAUACUUUUUGAAGCUCCCUAUCUUCCUACGACAUGUUUGUAUAAUUUGACUUUGUCAAGGAUUACUUUUUAUUUCCCACACCCUAUCAUAUAUGAAAGUACCAAAUUUGUGUAUUAUGUAAGGUCACAAUAACAGUAACAUGAUGUAUAAAAUCAUAUUCUUUUAUAAAUCAACAGCAAAAAGUUUUUUUAUACUUUGAAAAGAAAGGAAAAUGAGGACAACCUCGUUUCAAGAUGGAAAUUUUAUUACUUGCGACUGUUUUCAAAGUUUUGACUCAAGUGUAAUUUCUCUUGCAGAGGAAAAGAACCAUAGAUGGGGGAGAAGUCGCUCAUGUUACCCACCAAUAAGGAUUUAAAUGCUUUUUAGUACACCCAUGGUUUAUAUAGAUUUUAUGCAUUAUGGUAUUUAAGCAUGCUUAAUUGAAGAAAGGGUCCACCCAUUCAAAAACCUUUGUAAAUUAGGGGCUUUACGGUAAGUGUUCACAUUGUCCAGCCAACUCGCUUGACUUGCAACGUAGCAGAGUUUAUCACUUGUUUUUAUUGAGGUGACAGUUCUUAAUGACAUUUUGAUUUAAUAGAUGUGAUGUAUUAUUCAAAUACCUUAAGGGGCCAUUCCACUCUGUCGAUCUUGCUUUGAUUUAGCAAACCUGCAUAUCUGGCAGGAUCAGGAGAAAACAAACCUUUUUAACUCCUCACAAUGCUUUUGCUAUGCUCCUUCCAAUAUCAACAGAUCCUAUCCCAACCUCCACUGAUCUGCUGAUGGAUCAGGGUUUCAGAUCAUGGUACAUGUAGUGGAACCGACCCUUUAGAAAACUGAAGGUCCAGACUAAGCUCUUUUAAAACCUAUGGAGCAAGAAGAUGGUUAGAUUUACUAUAAAGCAGUUGUGCUUUGCAACGCUGUUUAAGUAUUGUUGGUGCUUUUGAAUUAUUGAUACAGGCUCGUUUUUUAAAUAGCCUGCGGAGUUAAAAAAAGAAAUUAGACAUGUAAAUUUUUAAAAUUCAUUCUGAUUCAUCAGCCUGAAAGAAACAGAAUAUUUAUCAUUGCUGCUCAGCUAUUUAUAGCUUUAAUUAAUAUUCAGUAGGGGACUGAAAAAUAUGCUAUGAACCAAAUUACAGCAACAACAAAUUGAAUAGCACCUUUUAAAUCAUAAAUUUAUUCAUGUUCAAAGAGGAACAUGUAUAUAGCUGAACAUUUGAGAAAGUGAGGAUGAUGGUGGUUCCAGUAUUUGAAAAAAUGGUGCAACCGAUUGAACAAAUUUUAUUUGUAAAUAAUUGUAUAUAUCUGAAAAAAAAAUAGAAAGGUAUUGUGUUCUAUAUACGUCACUUUCUUGGAUGUACAGUUGUACAUAUUCUAACAUGUUUAACAUUCUUAAAUGACAAGGGUUGUGAUUUUUCGUUUUAAGAAAAUCACUGCCAUCAUGAAAGAAAGGGGAUUUUUACAAACAUUUGAACUUUUAUAGUAUAUACAUAUACAAUUUAGAAAUUGAAACAAUACGUUUUGAGCAAAAAGUGUUUUUCUGUGACAUUUUUAAACUAAAAAUCGAAGCUAGAAUUCAAUUUUGCUACAUAUGCAAGUGAUGGGAUGUAUUAAAUGAUGCAUCAAAUUCAAAUCAUACAAGAGUACAUGCAUCACAUGAUUUUUUUAAGAUUGUUAUUGAACAGUACUGAAACAUUUUGGUGGUAUGUACCCCUUCCAUUAAAUUCAUACGGAUGACAAAUUACGCCAAAUCUUAAAGAAUAACGAACAGCUUUCAAAACAAUUGUGGUUUGGAAACAAAAUGUGAUUUUCUAACAGAUAUUAAGAAAAAUGCAUUUUUAACAUUUUAAAUGAUUUGUGAUGUAUGUGUUUUUAAAAGCCGUAAUUGAUUUGCAUACUUGAAACCUGAAUUUUAUGUGUGAAUUUUAAGGUAACAAAGAAAAAAAAAAUAACAAAUUGAAAAUAAAUGUAGUAAGAUAAUCUAAGAUCAGGCUUUCAAAACAGUUAUGGUGGCUUCACUGGCUUGUAAGAAGUUGCAUCUCAAAAUUUCAAUGAUCAUGACUUCAUGUUGCAUAUUACAAUUCAUUUGCAUAUCAUACCAUGUCUUUUAAUGAAUGAAUAAAAAAAAGAGAAACACUUAUUAAAACAUCAUUCCUCAA